UCAUACUGACGUUUCUGGAUCUGAAAGUGUGAAAAUGUGACGGCUGUUGAUCAGAGGAACAGACUCCGGCAGCCUCUAUCGCUGUCUGCAGACGAUGUAGUAAGCCAAGAUGACGGCAGUGGACAUUUUGAACGCUCUGGAGGGUCUGAUAGGAGAAUUCAUGAUAGGAGAUACUUUCAAGUGGUAUCUGCAGCAACGAGACAUCCUGGAGGGCUACGAAGCCAUCAAAGUGUUCAAGCUGGAGAAAGCAAAGAGGUGGGACACAGUGACUCUGAUGGUGAACAACUUUAAACUUCAUGGAGCUCUGAAGAUGACCAAGAAGAUUUUAAAGAUGAUGAACAGGAAUGAUCUGGUGCAGGAUCUGCCAGAGACCAGAUCACGACCGCAAGAUUCAGUGGAUGUCAGUGAUGUUGGAGAGACUUCAGAGAACAGAGGACCUUCUUCCUGUCAGAGUGCAGGUAAAGCUGCUGUAGUCUUUGGUACAAAUGAAGGCCUAAAGAGACAAAGUGAGGAACCUGCAAGACAAGAAACCACAAGAGCUCCAGAUUUGAUUGUACCAGUGCCGGAGCCACAACACAUCUUGUAUUACCAACAAAUGCUUCAAUCCAACUUCCGGGAAAAGUUUAUGAGUGCACAAGAGGGGUGGGCACCGAAGAAGGAUGAGCAGCCCCUAGAUGAUAUCCUCACAGAGCUGUACAUCACAGCCAAGCACAACGUACACAUCAACACACAGCAUGAGGUCAUCCAGGUUGAUACAGAGGGGAAACCAACAGAUACAGAAAAACCAAUUAAUCCCUAUAACAUAUUUGACCCCCCUUCUGGAAAAUCUAAUCAUAUCAGAACAGCGCUCACCAACGGAAUCGCAGGAAUUGGAAAAACUUUUCUUGUGCGGAAGUUUGUGUUGGGCUGGGCUGAAGGAAGAACCAAUCAAGAUGUGCAUCUCAUUUUCCCCUUCAGUUUCCGCCAGCUGAAUUUAUGGAAGAGAGAAAAGAUGUGUUUGGCAGAGCUCAUUCAUGGAUGUAUCAGGGAAACCAGAGGCAUCAAGAAAGAAGCUCUCAAUUACAUCUUCUCAACUCUGCAGUCAUCAGGAAACACCAACUACGACAAGAGCAACUUCAAACUCCUGUUCAUUUUGGAUGGAGGGGAUGAGAGCCGCCCUCAGCUGGACUGCUCUGCGAAUGAAAACCUGGCAGUUAACUUUGAUGUGACCGCGUUGACGUCAGUGGAUGUGCUGCUGAACAACCUCAUCAAGAAGAAUCUGCUUCCCGCCGCUCGCCUCUGGAUAACCACACGACCUGCAGCAGCCCAUCAGAUCCAUUCUGAUUAUGUUAACAUCAUGACGGAGAUCAGAGGGUUCACCGACCCACAGAAGGAGGUCUACUUCAAGAAGAGAUUCGGAAAUGAGAAGGCCAUCAGGAUCUUCUCUCACAUCAAGGCAUCACGAAGCCUCCACAUCAUGUGCCACAUCCCGUUCUGCUGGAUCACUGCUACAGUCCUGGAGGAGGUGAUGAAGACCAGAAAAGGAGGAGAGCUGCCCAAGACCCUGACUGAGAUGUACGCAGAAUUCUUGAAGAUUCAGAUUCAUCAGACAGAAAAUAAGGAAGGCCCAGAAAAGUGCGUCCAGUACAUUGAGUCAUUAGCAAAACUGGCUUUUCACCAGCUGGAAAAGGAGAACCUGAUCUUCUACGAGAAAGAUCUCAAAGAGAGUGGCAUUGAUGUCAGUGGAGCCUCGGUAUACUCAGGAGUGUUCACACAGAUCUUCAAGGAGGAACGUGGGAAGAAGAAUGAUGAAGACAAGAUGUUCAGCUUCGUCCAUCUGAGUGUUCAGGAGUUUCUGGCUGCUCUUCAUGUCCAUCUGACCUUCAUCAAGUCUGGAGUCAACCUGCUGUCAGAAGAACAAACAACUUCCUGGAAGGGGUGGUUUCCAUUUAGUCAAACACCUGAUCUAACACAUUUCUACCAGACUGCCGUGGACAAGGCAAUACAGAGUCCAAAUGGACACCUGGACUUGUUCCUUCGCUUUCUCCUGGGACUUUCACAGCGAACCAAUCAGAGUGUCCUACGAGGUCUGGUGGCACAAACAGGAAGUAGCUCACAGAUCAGUCAGAAAACAGUCCAAUACAUCAAGAAGAAGAUCUGUGAGGAUCUCUCUGCAGAGAGAUGCAUCAACCUGUUUCACUGUCUGAAUGAGCUGAAUGAUCGCUCUCUGGUGGAGGAGACCCAACAGUCCCUGAGAUCAGGACGUCUGUCCACAGACGAACUGUCUCCUGCUCAGUGUUCGGCUCUGGGCUUCAUUUUACUGACAUCAGAAGAAGAUCUGGACGUGUUUGACCUGAAGAAAUACUCUGCUUCAGAGGAGGCUCUUCUGAGGCUGCUGCCGGUGGUCAAAGCCUCCAACAAAGCUCUGCUGACCGGCUGUAAUCUGUCAGAGAGAAGCUGUGAAGCUCUGUCCUCAGUUCUCGGUUCCCCGUCCUCUCGUCUGAGACACAUGGACCUGAGUCACAACAACCUGCAGGGUUCAGGAGUAGAGCUGCUCUCUCCGGGGCUGAAGAGUCCGCACUGUAAACUGGAGGCUUUCAGAGUGAGCGGCUGUAAUCUGUCAGAGAGAAGCUGUGAAGCUCUGUCCUCAGUUCUCAGCUCCCCGUCCUCUCGUCUGAGACACCUGGACAUGAGUAACAACAACCUGAAGGAUUUAGGAUUGACGCUGCUCUUUCCUGGACUGAAGAGUCCACACUGUCAACUGGAGACUCUCAGGCUGAGUCGCUGGGAUCUGUCAAAGAGAAGCUGUGGGGUUUGGUCCUCAGUUCUCAGCUCAUUAUCCUCCAAUCUCAGACACCUGGACUUGAGUAACAACGACCUGCAAGAUUUAGGAGUGGAGCUGCUCUCUCCUGGACUUAAGAGUCCACAUUGUAUACUGGAGACUCUCAGGCUGUCGGGCUGUCGGAUCACAGAGAAAGGCUGCACUUCUCUGGCCUCAGCUCUGAGAUCCAACCCGUCCCAUCUGAGAGAGCUGGACCUGAGCUACAACCAUCCAGGAGACUCUGGAGAGAAGCUACUCACUGCUGGACUUGAGGAUCCACACUGGAGACUGGACACUCUCAGGUUGGAAUAUGGUGGACAGCACAGGCUAAGACCUGGUCUGAGAAAAUACGCAUGUGGACUCACAUUGGACAUGAACACAAUACACCGACACCUCAAACUGUCCGACAACAACCAAACAGUGACAGCAGUGAAAGAGAAGCAGCCAUAUCCAGAUAAACCGGAGAGAUUUGACAACUCAUACCAGCUGCUGUGCAAAGAUGGUGUGACUGGUCGCUGUUACUGGGAGGUGGAGUGGAGAGGAGAGGUGGAGGUAUCAGUGAGUUACAGAGGAAUCAGAAGGAAAGGAGACAGCGCUGACUGCAGGUUUGGAGGGAAUGAUCAGUCCUGGAGUCUGAGCUGCUGUGAAGAUGGUUACUCUGUCAGUCACAAUGGCAGGAGCACACACCUGUCCCACUCCCCCCACUCCUUCCAGUCUUAUGCACCUAACAGAGUGGGGGUCUAUGUGGAUGGUCCAGCUGGCUCUGUGUCCUUCUUCACCGUCUACUCUGAUUUACGGUUCCACCUCUACACCUUUAACACCAUGUUCACUAAACCUGUUUAUCCUGGAUUUGGGUUGUCCUACGGUUCUUCAAUGUCUCUGUGGUCACUGUUGUAAUUUUUAAGUGUUUGAUUUUUUUGCACAGUAUACAGUGCAGGGAGAGUCAAAACAACCCAGUGGAUAAAGCUUCUGGCCAAAAAUGCUAAAAUUUGUACUUUUGCCUUACACUUUCUAAUUUUCAUGUUAAUAAAUUUAAUUUACCAACAACA